AGCCAGUCUGGGCAGUGUGAGGAUCCUGAGAGCUACUUACCGCCCGGAGGGGAUAUAAUGCCCCCUGUGCAGCCCUGAGUGGCCCUCAUUGAGUGUGUACUCACUGCCUUGCUCUCAGAUUCGGAUUCGGAGCUCUAGCGGCGGGAGCAUGGCCCAGGAGAAGCUGCAGCCCCGGCUCUGCCACAUCAGGAAGGGCGAGCAGGGCUACGGCUUCCACCUGCAUGGCGAGAAGGGCAAGACCGGCCAGUACAUCCGCAAGGUGGAGCCCGGCUCCCCGGCAGAGACCGCGGGGCUGAAAGCUGGAGACCGGGUGCUGGAGGUCAAUGGGGAGAAUGUGGAGAAGGAGACCCACCACCAGGUGGUUCAGCGUAUUAAGGCGAUUGAAAAUGAGACACGGUUGCUGGUGGUGGACCGAGAAACAGACGAACACUUGCGUCUUAAAGAUGACCGCUCAACGACCGAAUCUCUACCCAACUCCAGCGCUCCCAGCUCACCUUCUGGGGGGAAUAACAACGGGGAGAUCUGGAAAUCGAAAGAAGAUACAAGCCACGAGGACAAGUUACAGAACAACCACAGCGCAGAGAAUGGGAAGCAGGAUAUCAAUGGCCAGAUGAAUGACCACUGUCCACGUCUGUGUAAUUUAAAGAAAGGGAAUAAUGGUUACGGAUUUAAUCUGCACAGUGAGAAAUCGCGGCCUGGCCAGUUCAUUCGGUCAGUGGACCCAGGAUCCCCAGCAGCUAAAGCAGGUCUGAGACCGCAGGAUCGGCUGGUUGAGGUGAACGGGCACAAUGUGGAUAAUAUGAAACAUUCCGAGGUGGUGGCCAACAUAAAGGCCAAGGAGAACGAGACAACGUUACUUGUGGUGGACCCAGAGACAGACGAGUACUUCAAGAAACUAGGUAUCGUCCCUACAGAAGCCCACGUCAAAGGUUCCGUCCCGCAGUCCUUGAGCAAUGGAAUGACACAGUUGAACGGAGGAUCCUCAACAUCUUCAUCCCACAGUGAUCUCCAAAGUCCAGACAAAGAUUCACAGGCUGGUGACCUGGGAAGGAAAGACCCCUUUGAAGAAAGUGGUUUAAGUCUGAGUCCUACAGCAGCUGAGGCCAAGGAGAAGGCACGGGCCAAGCGAGCCAACAAGCGAGCUCCUCAGAUGGAUUGGAGCAAGAAGCAUGAAAUCUUCAGUAACUUCUGAUCGUCAUCCACCGCCCAGAUGGGAACUAAUGUAGGACUUCUUCAAACCUUGUCCCACUGAAAACACAAAAAAAACACAACUAAAUUCUGCGGACUAACCAGAGCGCAAGCCACCGAUCCAACCCAAUAAGGAGAGGAUGCGAUCAAAGUUUAACCAUUUCAGUUACGGCAUUUCAAAGGAUCUUUUGUUUUUCUUUUCUUACAUCUUAACUUUUAGUGAUGGACUUAUCAGAGCCCCAUUGGCCCCUUUGCUGGAAUAUGAGCGUCUUAAACGGGACUGACAUGGGCUCUGCACAGCUGAUAAGCAAUUUUUCCUCCACACCCAGAGGACAGUGAAGUCAAAAGAAACUCUUAGAACACUGUGCAGACACUGAGUCUUAGUGAUAUUUCAUCAAGCUUGAUGAGAACUGUAGCCCAGCUGGAGGAGGAAGAGGGGGUUGGCCAUCUCUAAAGAUAAUUGUAGGCAAGAUAACCAGAAUGUUGAUCCUGCAAGGGAAAAGCACUGGAGAAUAUCUCAGCUAAGGGAAGUAUGUAUGGCCAAGUACUUGUAGAGAUUUGAGAGGAGGGGGUGCCUGAGCAGUUCUCCAUCCCAACCAUAAAAAGGGCCCCCCACCCCUCCUAACAUCUGCAGGAGUUUCUCUGUUUAUAAGAACUUCCUUAUCCUGUCCUGUGGUUCGCUCAAGACUCGGUAAGCUUUACUUCCCCAUGCUGCGGACACUUUUCAUUGUUAGUAUUGAAGUACUCAGGACUGGAGCUUGGUUUUGCAAUUAACCAGGAUCACCUCUGCGUAAAACCUCAAAAAACAAAAUGAUCAUGUCAUCAUGCCCCAAUACCUGCGGUAAUCAACCCAGUAGGCUAUUUCCACCCCAAGCG